AUGUCUGUUGCUUCUCCGCCUCGUCGGGACAGUUUCUCCGCUCCUUCUGCGCAUAAUGGGACUACUGACGCACCAAUUCCUGACCAAGAAGUCAAGCCCUCAAUUGGCCAUCCUCCUGCUCGACCGACCCCACCCUCGAGGCCCGCGUCGGCUGCAUCUCAUAGACGUUCUCUCACACUUUCUCGGGGACGCACAGUCUCAGUCGUCUUGAUCUCAUCCGCCCUUGAGACUAUCGCAGCCUCGAAGGAAGCAAAACGCUCUGCGCCAUUGCGCGAAAGCGCUCACCAUGCGCUGGAAAUGCUGAAAGCCGGUAUGGGUGGGGAUCGCCCUCGCGAGAUCUUCGAACCGCUACGCCUGGCAUGUGAGACUCGGAGCGAGAAGCUGAUGAUCGCCAGUUUGGACUGUAUCUCGAAGCUCAUCUCAUAUUCAUUCUUCGCUGAAUCGUCACCGGAUCCGCGAAUCUUGCCUUCACCGCCUCCCUCUCCUGCUCUCACAUCGCGGAAUUCGAUGUCCAACGGGUCACAUACCCACCUCCCCUCCAUCUCUCUGGUCGAUAUUGUGGUUCACACAAUCACAUCCUGUCAUUCCGAAACUACGCCAGAGACUGUCUCAUUGCAGAUUGUGAAGGCAUUAUUGGCUCUCGUAUUGUCUCCGACAGUUCCUGUACAUCAGUCUUCACUGCUGAAGGCUGUCCGUACAGUCUACAACGUCUUCCUCCUCAGUUCGGACCCGGUUAAUCAAGCUGUAGCGCAGGGCGGGCUGACGCAGAUGGUGAACCAUGUAUUCUCGCGGUGUAAGCUUGAUUCUCCGUCUCUAUCCCGUAGUGAUUCUGGCUCGAAUCUUCAUUCGAAGGCCGAAUUCAUCUACUCAGGACCGCGCUCUCCACCACCUCGGAAGUCCACAACUUCAAUGCCGCCACAUAGCCCCCCAGCCCACCCAAGACCGUCAUCUGUAGCUCCAUGUUCUGCCGAAACUGAACGUACGGCAUUUUCGCUGGCAAAUGGCAAUGGACACCACACACCAGAGUCCAUGAAUGAUGAUUCAUCGACGAUGGUGAAUCAAGAGGAACAUAUGGGUGAACAAUCGGAGUUGCACAUGAAUGGCAGUGCACCCGAGCAAUCGCAUGAUGUUCCGUAUGUACCCAAUCUAGAUGGCCAUUGUCAAAAUGCUAAACCGGUCAUUAGAGAGCCAUCCGAGACUGCUGCGAGUGAGACCUUCCAUGAGAACGAGGCAUAUGCUGCACCUAGGCAAUUGUCGACAAACGAUCUCUUCAUCAAGGAUGCGUUCCUCGUAUUCCGAGCACUAUGUAAGCUCACCAUGAAGCCGUUAAAUACUGAGAGCGAGCGCGAUCUCAAAUCGCAUGCGAUGCGAUCAAAGUUGUUGUCUUUGCAUCUAGUGCUCAGCAUACUCAACUCGCAUAUGGCUAUUUUCGUCUCGCCGUCAGCUAUCAUUUACUCAAGUUCUACGCAUGAAGCCACGCCUUUCGCGCAAGCUAUCAACCAGUACCUCUGCCUAUGUCUGAGUCGCAAUGCUGUCAGCCCUGUCCCGCAAGUCUUCGAGAUUAGCGUCGAAAUCUUCUGGAGGGUCAUCUCGGGCUUGCGGACAAAGCUCAAGAAAGAGAUUGAAGUGCUUCUCCACGAGAUCUUUAUCCCGAUAUUGGAGAUGAAAACCUCUACGUUGAAGCAGAAAGCCGUCAUUCUCGGGAUGCUGCAGCGACUGUGCCAGGAUCCCCAGGUGCUUGUCGAGAUCUAUCUAAACUACGAUUGUGAUAGUGAAGCAGUGGACAACAUAUAUGAGCACCUCAUGAACAUCCUCUCCAAGAUUGGAACGGCAGCGAUAUCACACACCCAUCAGAAAGGAAAUGAGCCAACAAGCCCUACCGUGACUCCUCCGUCCAAACCUCAUCACCAUACUUCAAUUCCUCCAUCCCUAAGCACAACUUCAUUGGUGGGACAAGGAUCUCUGGAUACGUCCUCGAUGGGACUGUCAGAGCAGCAGCUAAAAAGACAAGGUCUUGAAUGUCUCGUGGCUGUCUUGAAGUCAUUGGUAGCAUGGGGUACCGCGGGUGCACUAUCUGACAACGCAUCUGAUACGAAUAAUCGAAAUCUGCCUAGUGAAGACAGUGGUAAAGACAGUACGAUGUCGGAUCCCUCGCUUGACGUCAAGAAUGGACCUCCAAGCGCAGACCCGACCAGACAGUCUACGCCGGACAUUGGGGAUGACCCCGGCAAGUUCGAGAGUGCUAAGCAGAAGAAGACGACCUUACUAGAGGGUAUCAAGAAGUUCAACUUCAAGCCGAAAAAGGCACGCGUCUUUCUAUUUGGCAUACAAUUCUUCAUCGAGACGAGCUUCAUUCCAAGCAACUCACCUCAGGAUAUCGCCGGAUUCAUGCAUGAGACUGAUGGCCUGAGCAAGGCUAUGAUCGGCGAGUACCUAGGCGAAGGCGACGAGGCAAAUAUUGCAACGAUGCAUGCUUUUGUAGACAUGAUGGACUUCCGCGACCUCGGGUUUGUCGAUGCCUUACGGACGUUUUUGCAAGCUUUCCGUCUUCCUGGCGAAGCGCAGAAGAUUGAUCGCUUUAUGCUCAAAUUUGCGGAGCGUUACAUUGCCAACCAGUCACAAACUCCUUUCGCGAACGCCGACACCGCAUACGUUUUGGCUUAUUCGAUCAUCUUGCUGAAUACCGACGCUCACAACCCUCAAGUCAAACGCCGCAUGACUUGCACAGACUUUAUCAAGAACAACCGUGGGAUCAAUGACGGUGCUGACCUUCCUGACGAGUUCCUCUCUUCAAUCUACGAGGACAUUGUUUCCAAUGAGAUCCGUAUGAAAGAUGAGGUUGAAUUCGUUCCUCUGAUUGCUAUGCCAGGGCCUGGACUCGCCAGUGCUCUAGCCAAUGUUGGACGAGAUCUGCAGAAGGAGGCGUAUGUGUUCCAAUCGAACAAUAUGACGAACAAGACAGAGGCCUUGUUCAAGACGUUGAUGCGAUCGCAGCGCAAAGGUUCGAAGUCUAGCGAGCAAUUCUUCAGUGCUUCGCAUUUCGUCCACGUUCGUCCAAUGUUCGAAGUAGCAUGGAUCGCUUUUUUGGCAGGGCUUUCCGGACCACUGCAAGACACGGAUGAUCUUGAAAUUGUCGAGCUAUGCUUGGAUGGUUUCAAGAACGCUAUCCGAAUCGUGUGCUUCUUCGAUAUGGAGCUUGAACGGAAUGCGUUUGUGACAACGCUCGCGAAGUUCACGUUCCUGAACAACUUGGGAGAGAUGAAGACGAAGAACAUGGAAGCUAUCAAAGCGCUGCUGGAUGUUGCCGUUACAGAAGGCAACAAUCUGAAGAGCUCCUGGCGGGAAGUAUUAACAUGUGUCAGUCAGCUGGAACACAUGCAGCUCAUCAGCAGCGGCGUGGAGUUGCCCGAUACUGGUCGUAAGAGCCGCAUUCGCAAGCCCCCUACUGAAGAAUUAGCGAACGAAAGCCGAUCAACGCAUAUUACAGUAGCGGCAGAUAUGGUCUUUUCGCUGAGCCACUACUUGUCAGGGAUUGCCAUCGUCGACUUCGUACGAGCGCUAUGUGACGUUUCAUGGGAAGAAAUCCAAUCAUCGGGACUAUCGCAACAUCCCAGGCUGUUCAGUCUUCAGAAGCUUGUCGAGAUUGCGUAUUACAACAUGAAUCGUAUCCGUCUUGAAUGGUCCAAUCUGUGGGACAUUCUCGGCGAGCACUUCAAUCAGGUCUGCUGUCAUAAUAAUCCCCACGUUGCGUCCUUUGCUUUGGAUGCGCUGCGACAGCUAGCAAUGCGUUUUCUGGAGAAAGAAGAGCUGCCUCAUUUUAAGUUCCAGAAAGAUUUCUUGCGUCCAUUCGAAUACACCAUGAUCCACAACUCGAAUCCAGAUAUUCGCGAUAUGGUCCUACAAUGCCUGCAACAGAUGAUUCAAGCACGGGUGGGCAACAUGCGGUCGGGAUGGCGGACGAUGUUCGGUGUCUUUUCCGCGGCCUCUAAAGUGCCUACAGAACGGAUCGUGAACUCUGCCUUCGAGAUCGUGACUCGAUUGAACAAGGAGCACUUCUCCGCGAUUGUUCGACACGGCGCCUUUGCGGACCUGACGGUUUGCAUAACCGACUUCUGCAAAGUAAGCAAGUAUCAAAAGAUCAGCUUGCUCGCCAUUGCAAUGUUACGAGGAAUCAUCCCGAUCAUGCUCCAUUCCCCGGAGUGUCGACUGAACGAGCCUAUCGACGAUGCUACUCGUAGUGUAGACGAUCCGAUGAUCAAGUUCUGGUUCCCCGUCCUCUUCGGGUUUUACGACGUUAUCAUGAAUGGAGAGGAUCUGGAAGUACGGCGGCUCGCUCUUGACUCGCUUUUCACGACCUUGAAGACCUACGGCAAGACCUUCCCUGUGGACUUCUGGGAUACCGUCUGUCAAGAGUUGCUGUUCCCUAUGUUCGCCGUACUCAAGUCGAGCCAAGAUCUGUCACGGUUCACGACUCAAGAGGACAUGAGCGUCUGGCUAUCAACGACCAUGAUUCAGGCACUACGAAACUUGAUCGACUUGUACACGUUCUAUUUCGAGACAUUGGAACGCUUCCUUGACGGACUGCUGGAUCUCCUCUGCGUGUGCAUAUGCCAGGAAAAUGACACACUUGCACGCAUUGGUACCAGCUGUCUACAGCAACUACUGGAGAAUAAUGUUCAAAAAUUGAGCGUUGCUCGAUGGGAACGCGUAGCUACGACAUUUGUGAAAUUGUUCAGAACUACAACACCGCAUCAACUCUUCGAUGAGAGUCUUCGCGUUGAGAUUGAUGGCAACUCGGACAUGCCUGAUUCGGCAGAGCCUAAUGGACAAGCAAUCGUGCCUGCUCCACUCUCACCUAACGGCGAUCAGCCUCAAGGCGAAAACAAGGUCACUCUCAAUGAUCGUCGGCGCAUAUUCAGACAAAUCAUCGUAAAAUGCGUCCUUCAAUUGUUGUUGAUCGAGACAACCAGUGACUUGCUCAGGAACGACGAUAUUUACAAUACGAUACCCCCUGACCAGCUUUUGCGCUUGAUGGGUGUGUUAGAUCAGAGCUAUCAAUUUGCGCGGUCAUUUAACGAAGACAAGGAGCUUCGUACUGGGCUCUGGAAAGUCGGCUUUAUGAAACAUUUGCCCAAUCUGCUCAAGCAGGAAUCAAGUAGUGCCGCUACUCUGGUGCAUGUUCUCCUGCGCAUGUAUUACGAUACACGCCCUGAGCACCAGGCAGCGAGACCACAGGUCGCUGGUCGACUGAUGCCCUUGGGACUCGGUGUAUUGGGAGACUUCAACAAGUUGCGCGUGGAUUCGCAGCUGAAAAACAUCGCCGCGUGGACACCGGUUGUUGCGGAAAUCCUGCAAGGUUUUGUCCAAUUCGACGACAAUGCGUUUGCAACGUAUCUUCCUGCUAUAUACCCUUUGGCGACCGGAUUGCUGGCGAGAGAUGUGUCACCAGAGGUCCGAGAUGGCCUGCGAGAGUACUUCAUACGGGUCGGGUAUAUACAGGGCAUUAUGGAACGGGAUCGGGCGUGA